GUUUGCUCGAUGCUCAGCUCGAGCUCUGGCACAUCUCCUUUGGCUACGUCAAAUCAAUGGCACUAAAGUCCUGCUUGGACCUCGGCAUCGCCGACGCCAUCCACCACCAUGGCGGUGCCGCUACCCUCUCCCAAAUUGGAGCUGUAGCUACGCUCCACCCGUCCAAGAUCUGCUGCCUGCGCCGCCUUAUGCGUGUGCUCACUGUCUCCGGCGUCUUCAGCGUCCAGCAGCCCAGUCCAAGGGACGACGUCCAAGUGGAGCUCGUCUACACACUCACAGCAGUGUCCCACCUCCUCGUCAGCUCGGCCUCGGUGAACAUUGUCCCCGUCAUCAACCUGCAGCUCCAGCCCAACAUCGUCUCCUCCUUCUCUGAACUCGGGGCCUGGUUCCAGCACAAGCUGCCAGAACCAGACCUUUUCAAGUUGAAGCACGGCAAAACCUUCUGGGAAAUAGCCCACCAUAAUGCGGCAUUCAACACCAUCGUCAAUGACGCCAUGGCCUCCGAUAGCCGGUUCCUCAUGGACAUCGCCAUCAGGGAGUGCGGCAGCGUCUUCGAGGGUAUAGGCUCCCUGGUCGACGUUGCCGGAGGCCAUGGUGGGGCGGCACAAGCAAUAUCGAAAUCGUUCCCGCACAUCAAGUGCAGCGUGAUGGACCUCGGCCAUGUCAUUGCCGGGGCUCCUAGUGGCACCGACGUGCAGUACAUUGCGGGCGACAUGUUUGAGAGCAUUCCACAGGCAGAUGUUGUCUUCCUAAAGUGGAUUAUGCAUGAUUGGAGCGACGAUGACUGCAUCAAAAUACUAAAAAAUUGCAAUAAAGCUAUCGCUCCAAAAGAUGCUGGCGGAAAGGUGAUAAUUGUAGACAUGGUGGUUGGUGGAGGCCCGCAAGACCUGAAGCACAAAGAGACACAAGUCUUGUUCGAUCUUUACAUCAUGCUCCUCAAUGGCAUCGAACGAGAUGAGCAGGAGUGGAAGAAGAUAAUCAUGGCGGCAGGAUUCAGUGACUUCAAAAUCACCCCGAUUCUGGGUGUCCGAUCAAUCAUUGAGCUUUACCCGUGAACAUCUGGUCCUUCACUAGUGAUUCAAGUGUGCGUGUGGAUUUUAUUUCCGUCCAACUAUCACAGUGACCCAAUUUCUUGAGAUGUCAUAGUGAUAACAGGUUUUCGCCCCAUAAGAAAUGUUUCUAGUACAAGUAUUUCUAGCGGGUUUCAUGUUAUUGCUCCCAGCUCGCCUCCCUUCCUUCCCAUCAACUAUGCUCUAUCAAAAAAUUGUAUUUCCGUUAUUAAAGUAACUGAAAGGGGUGUGGCCCGGUUGGAAAAUAAAGCAGGGUGGUCCUGUGUGUGAGGCCAGCCCUUUAGUGUGA